AUCGAUAUUAAAACACAGAGCGAAUAACAAACAGUAGAGAUAGUUUUAAGGUUGUUGGAUAAGAUUGGUGAAGAUUGGGUGGAUUACAAAUGAGAAACUUAUAAAAUUGUAGUCGUACCAUCAGUAAUGUAAUUUCUUUGAUUGAGGGAAAUUUGCGGCGGCCCGCAACAGGAGGAUAUUUUUCUGGAUGCGCGGCCGUAAAAUAAGUUCGACAGAUUGUAUAAAGACUUGUCAAGUCUAUCGUCUCCAUCAGACGGGAAUUAUGACUUAAGAUGUUCCCUGAGUAGAACGUUGAUAUCUUCAUACUAGUCGAAUUUCAUGCAUAAUUAAUUAUUUUUCUAUUAUGAACCAUUUCCAUAUGUCAUGUUGAAAGCCCUUCACCCAAACCUGGCCAUCCCUUGCAAGUGAAGGACCUGGGACCUAGCCAAUUAACUCCUCAUCGUGAUAUACGCAUAAUUAUCUCAAAAUAAUGAAGUCUUGAUGAUAUCAUUUGGUUUUACAAUGUUCAAUGAUAAUUGUUUAAUUCUUUUGGAAGCGAAUUUGAAGGAAAUAUCAAGGGUAAUGCGCAGCUUUUUCCUAAGACAGCAAUGGUAGUAAAAAUACGAUGCGAUAUACACAGCUUGGAAUUAGUUGUUUUCUAGUUUGCUGGUGUCAGAAAAUCUGUUUAAUCAGAUCCCGGGUUGUUAAACAACUCUUUUCCUGUUUUUUCCUGCCGGUUUCAUAUUAUAUCAACACAUAAUUAGGGCGCUUUAAAAGAGAGUGAAGCAAGACUCACCCAAAAUCUCCACAGAGUUUCAACUUGUAAGGAGGUUUAAUAUCAGCGCAGUGCUUGUAAAAGAAGGGUACAACUUCGCCAAAGAAGCAAAGUGAACGGAAGUUUCCAGUCUUGUUUGCCUGGUUGUCAUAAUCACACGAUGUGGAUUACUUCACACUUUGGCGUACUUCUUUUCACUAUCUGCACGAUGGAAAAAGUUUUGGUUACUAAUCAAGAGCGGGCAGGAUUUGGCCUAGAGGAUUAUCAGGAUAACCAGCCACCGAACAUAGAAUGUCCUGAUGAUGUGCUGGCCAGCACAGACACCAGCAAGCCAACUAGGAAAGUGCAAUGGAGAUGGCCAAUGGCAAGAGAUAACUCGGCUUACCCACCAUUAAUUACCAGCUUCCCAAGAGAUACCAUCUCUCCUUACGAGUUUCCGAUCGGCACAUCACGCAUAAUCUACACGGCCACGGACAGGAGUGGAAAUUCACAAUCAUGCGUUUUUACAGUCACUAUUAUUGAUGACGAACCCCCCAAACUCACUUGCCCCAAGGACAUACACGUAAAGAAAACCAGCGCUGGAGACACUGUCAAAGUUGACUGGCCUCUGCCAAUCUACGAGGAUAACUCUGGAGAAACUGUCGCUUUGUUUACAGAAUCUGUCAAAGGCUCGGGCUUCAGAGUGGGUCGAUAUCAAAUUAAAUACGAGGCCGCAGACCGAUCGGGAAAUAAAGCUGUUUGUACUUUUGCCAUUGUUGUUUCAGGUCCGAUAUGUGCAUCGUAUCAACCGCCACUGAACGGACUAAUGUCCUGCGCACAUUCGGACAUGUUAGGCGGGACUGCGUGCACUCCUCAGUGUAAUCUGAACAAGGACUUCAGCAGAAUUCCCGCCAAUAUGUACAUUUGUCAAUCAACUGGUGAAUGGUACGUUUGGGACCACCGCCCAAGUGUGUCACAGGAAUUGCCUUGGCCGAACUGUACGGAUGUUGUCAAACCAGGUUCUCUCCGAAAGAGCGAAAGUUGGCAGAGCAUUGCUGGCGACUGUUUGGAUCCUUCUUUCCGAACACAGGCAAAACAAAACCUUGUGCAAGGUUUCAGAAGCGUUUUUGGGUGGGACAUGGGUUUACUUGCGUCCAAUGUGAAGAUUUCUUGCGGAAAGAACAGCAAAAAAAUGGAAAAGCAUUUUGUCAGGAAGAUCUUGAAAACAACAGCACAACAUUCUGCAGGGAGUGUAACCGGACAGGACUGACAUCGAGAGAAAGUAACCUUUGAGAGGCGUAAACUUUCUAGCCACGCCCAGUUUACUGUGAACGGAUCAAGUGCUAUACUGAGUUGCUUUGAACUGAGGAAAAAAAUCAGUACUAUAUAAAUUUAAUUGCUUUGUUUAGUUACUUUAAUUGUUUAUUUCGGCAUAAUUAUAUCAUGUGUGGAAACCAGAACCACAAUUUAUGUCUACAGGGUGGUGUUUAAAUAAAGAUUGGAAUUCAACAUACGGUCUAAGUUUCAAUCACUACCGUGUUGAUGGUCAAUCUAUGCAUAUGCCACACAAUUUUCUUAUUUUGAUCAAGCCUCGGAGAUCAAAAUAAUGAACAGACUUGUCAGAUAGGCCCCUCUUCGGUGAUGA